UAACCUCUCUGUAGCUCCGUACAUACUCCGUAACUUAACACUACGGUACAACCAAAACACAUCCAACAACUUGGAAGGGAUCGUUCCAACAUAUCAACCCUCAAAAACUUGUCUGUGGCACACAAAACCGUACUGCUGCCAUCCGACAAUGAAGAUAAAGAUCAAGAAGUGGAAUGCCGUUGCGACUUGGCGGUGGGAUAUCCCCGAAGACGAUGUAUGCGGUAUCUGCCAGGUCCACUUUGACGGAACAUGUCCGGCCUGCAAAUAUCCCGGCGACGACUGCCCCCUGCUGUCUGGGAAAUGUGGCCACAACUUCCACAUGCACUGUAUCCUCGAGUGGAUAAAACAAGAUUCCGCCAAGGGCCAGUGUCCCAUGUGUCGUCAAAGAUUCGAAUGGACUGAGCAAACAAACGAGACAUCGAUGAUGGACACCACUUCGAUUCCCUUAGAUACCCAGUGAUGCUGGCCCAGGCGAUCAAGGGUCGCCGCCCACAUGUAUCAUGUUUUUGUGAGAUACAAGGGUAGGUAAUCGCAAUACAGGACCAGGCAGGCCAUUUGCU